AAAGCCUGCCAUAUUAUGCAUAAAGAGAAGCCUUUCUUGUCUUGUGCUUAGGGGUGGCAAUUUGCCCCGAUCCCCGCGGGGCCCCGCGGGGAUCCCCGUCACGGGGACGGGGGCGAGGAGGAAUAUUCCUCCCCGCGGGGCGGGGAUGAGGGACAUUUUCUCCCCGCGAAAUUUCGCGGGGAAUUUUCCCCGCNAUGAUCACAACUCAACCAAGAAAAAAAGAAACAUUUCAUCAUCCAAAAAGACACACGAGCGAACAGAGAAUUUCUUCGACACGAGCCUUCUUUCUCUCCUCCGCUGAUCUCAUCUCUCUCUUCUCUCUCUUCUUCCUCCACAAAAUUUCUCCCCUUACUAAGGGUGGCAAUUUGCCCCAAUCCCCGUGGGGCCCCGCGGGGAUCCCCAUCAUAGGGACGGGGUGGGGAGGAAUAUUCCUCCCCGUGGGCACACCUCAUAGCCCUCCCCUUCUUGCUUCUGCAGUUCUUCCUCACUCAUUCUCACAACCUCACCUUCGACUUUCCCCUUCCCUUUUGGCUUCUGCUGCUACAGAUCUGCUGCUGCUGCUACAAAUCUGCUACUGCUGCUGCUACAAAUCUGCUGCUGCUGCUGCUACACAUCUGUUGCUGCUACAGAUCUGCUGCUGCUGCUGCUGCUACAGAUCUGCUGCUGCUACAGAUCUGCUGCUGCUACAGAUUUGCUGCUGCUGUUGCUAUAGAUCUGCUGCUGCUGCUAUAAAUCUGCUGCUGUUGCUACAUAUCUACUGCUGCUGCUGCUAUAGAUCUACUGCUGGAGCCUGGAGUUGAAAUGGAGAGGCUAAGAAGAAAUUGGCUGCUCUGGUGAGCUGCAAUUACCCCAACACCAAGAAAAAGCUGCAGAGAUGCAACAAUGACAUGCUGGCUAUGAAAGAAGUCUUGGUGAAAAGGUGUGGGUUUGAUGAUGCUCAUAUUAAGCUUCUGAUUGAUGCACCAGGGUCCCCAGUUAUGCCUACUAGUGCCAACAUCAAGGUGGCACUUGACCAGAUAGUGGAUAAAGGCUAAAACAGAGGUUGUCCUUUUUUUUUUCCACUACUGUGGCCAUGGAACCAGGAUUCCUUCUAUGAAACUUGGCCAUCCCUUUACACAAGAUGAGGUAAUUAUGCCUUGUGACUUCAAUCUCAUCACUAGUAAGUUCUAAUUUUCUAAUUUUGCAUUAGUACAUUUAGAAAUUAACUGUUUUGUUAUUG